AACUAUCCUCCCUUUCUUUUCCUUGGAAUUCCAUCAAUCCAAACGAAGCCAGCAAAGACAGAUGAGAAACAGGUAGCGAUUUACGGGACGACUCUGCAGAAGAAGAUACAAACUCCUCUACAAUCUAUAUCUAUAUCAAUACAUAUAUGUCAUCACAUAUAUAAGGAAAUUGGCGAGAAUGGUUUCUAUUUUCUACUCAAUGCCCAGGGCAAGAGAAGCUCUACUACAUUCAAUAUUUUCAGCUCCCAUCAUCACCCAAAAGCUUACCUCAUCGAUCACAUCACCCGUACCUUACCGUCAAUGCUAUUGCAGGAACAUAGUCUCUGUUUGUGUUGCCCAUCAAGGACAACAAAUCAGAAGCCCCAGCCUCGUCGCUCUCGAGUACGCUGAUCUCAAUCUAUCUGACAAAGUGUAUGAGGAUUUGGGGCAUGUUCGAAUUCGGCAGCAUGUCAACCCUCUUCGUUCUUCCCUUUUGAUCCCAGCAAAAGUACCGGACUGGAAUGAAGUGUUUAAGGAUCCAACGCUGCCACUUAUGGUGGAUAUAGGGAGCGGUAGUGGCAGAUUUCUCAUGUGGCUUGCAAAAAGAAAUCCUGAUACAAAGAAUUAUUUGGGACUGGAAAUACGCCAGAAAUUGGUGAAGCGGGCUGAAUUCUGGGUGAACGAACUGUCUCUUAGAAAUAUACAUUUCAUAUUUGCAAAUGCCACAGUUUCUUUCAAACAACUUGUAUCCACAUACCCUGGACCAUUGAUGAUGGCUUCCAUCCUGUGUCCUGAUCCUCAUUUCAAAAAAAAGUAUCAUAAAAGAAGGGUUCUGCAGAAGCCUUUAGUGGAUUCUAUCGUUGAUAGUUUAACGCCUGGAGGACAGGUGUUUAUACAGUCUGAUGUGCUUGAAGUGGCACUUGACAUGAGGAAUCAUUUUGAUACUGCGUCAGCCGAGCUUCUGCAUUUCAACAACAUCAAUCCUACCAUGCUCUGUGAUAACGAGGGAUGGCUAUUGACUAAUCCAAUGGGGAUAAGGACUGAGAGAGAAAUUCAUGCAGAAUUUGAAGGUGCAAAAAUUUACAGAAGGAUGUACCAAAAGCAGAUUCAAAAUUUUGUUCCAAAUUUAUCCUGCAAUUAGUCAUUAAUGCUCUGGAACAAUAAUAUGUUUUGUUCUGUUGCCCAAUUCUGUCCUCUUCACACUAGAAAUGUUUAGGGACCAUAGAAGUUGAUUCUGACAUAAGAAAGUUUGUGUUCUCUCUUUUCUCUCUCUAAAAAUUUCAUGGGAUUGAUGAUGUUGUAUGACUACUACACAUUGAACAUCUUUUUAGAAUACAAGAGAUUAGCUGA